GUGAUUGAUUUAUAAAUACACACAGGAACACAGCCAGAGAUACACACAGCAUUCAAACCAUGGAUUUCCUGCAGCUUACUUCCAUAUCAUCAGCUUUUUCAACCUUCCCUCUCUACAUUAUCAUUGCAUUGGCUACAUCAAUCGGUGCAUAUUUUUUCAUCCAUUUCCAGGACUCUAAGAACUGGAAGGAUUCUCCACCAGGACCUGUGGGAUGGCCCAUAUUAGGGAGCCUUCCUCACUUCCUCAACAAUCGCCUUCAUGAGGACUUGUUUCAUCUGUCCAGAAUCCAUGGCCCGCUCUUUAGCCUGAAACUAGGUUUAAAGCCGGUUGUUGUGAUAUCAUCGCCGGAGAUGGCAUGUAAGACCCUCAAGCAGCAGGAGGCUGUUUUCUCCAGUCGUACCGUCACCGAGGCCAUCCGAGUCAUUACAUAUGAUACCGCUUCCAUUGUCUAUGCUCCCAUGGAUAGUGCACGAUGGAGAGUAAUUAGAAAAAUAUUGAUGGAAAAGCUCUUCUCUGCCAAGGCCUUUGAGGCUUUUGAACCACUUCGCAAGCAACAGGUUCAUGGGUUGCUCAAGGAGCUCCACUCAACUUCAAUGUCGAGGAAUUCGGUUAACAUUGCAGAGUGGGCCUUCGUGGCCUCAGGUAACAUUGUGAGCAACACAGUAUGCAGUAGGAACCUUUUUGAGAACACAAAAAAGGAAGGGAGAGAGCUAAAACAUACAUUCUGGCAGUUAAUGGAAAUUCUUGGCUCUGUAAACGUUGCUGAUCUCAUCCCAGUAUUCAAGCCAUUUGAUCCUCAAGGCCUGAAACGGAGAAUAUUGAAAAUCUUUUGGAGAUUAGAUGCGUUUUAUGAAAAUAUCAUCAAGGAGAGGUUGGAAGAAAGAAAAAUCGGAAUCGGCAAUAUUGGGAAGGAAAAUUUGGACUUAUUAGAUGUGUUAUUGGAUUAUAGAAGUGACAGAGACGAUGAAUUAAAAAGCUUAUCCAGAAAGAACAUCAAGGGCAUGCUUGCGGAAAUGUUUGUCGCAGGCACAGAGACUACCUCAAGCACUUUUGAGUGGGGAAUGGCAGAGAUCCUACGAAAACCUGAUGCAUACAAGAAAAUAGUUAUGGAGUUGGACCAAGUAGUUGGGAAGGAUCGGUUUGUUGAAGAGAGUGACAUCUCCAAUCUACCCUACCUUCAAGCAGCAGUAAAAGAAGUUUUCCGGCUCCACCCUGCCGUUCCACUGCUCGUUCCUCGUAGCACGAAUGAGGCGUGUGAGGUUUCCGGUUACCAUAUUCCUAAGGGCUGCAUUGUGUUGGUGAAUGUUUGGGGGAUGGCUAGGGAUCCCAGUGUUUGGGAAGACCCCUGUGAGUUUAAACCCGAAAGGUUUCUUGGGUCAAGCAUUGAUGUGAAAGGACAUGAUUUUAACCUCAUUCCUUUUGGGAGUGGGAAAAGGUCUUGCAUCGGAUUGCCCCUUGGCCAUCGCAUGGUGCACUUUUACUUAGCAGCACUGCUUCAUGCUUUUGAGUGGGAAUGCCCUGCUGAGAUUCUGGACAAUGUAGAAGAGAGAGUGGGGCUUACAAUUCGAAAAGGAAAGACUCUCAUUGGCAUUCCUAAACCUAGAUUGUCAAAUUCUGUUUACCUGCAGUGA